UUCUGAUUUUUUUAAUUAAAAAAAGUGUGUCUAUUAUCUUGGGUUUAUGUUUUUAAUUAGAGGUUUUUAGUGUAAAACCAUCAUGGAAUCCUACAGUAUGUAUUUUGUUGGUGUUGGUCAUAUACAUAUGGAACUUGACCAAGGCAUGCAUGCAGAGCCUAGUGCGAAAGUUAGUAGAAACUUCCUUGUUACUGAAGAGACAUGGCAUCUGCAGCAAGAUACUCAAACACUGAUGAAUCAAGACAAGUAGACUGGGGAAGGUUUGGCCUUAAUGGAGGUGACCAAAGAGAUGGAGGAAUUAGUAAUACACCAUCAUCCGUCCAGAGAGCAGACUCUAUGGACUUGUCUGGAGAGGUUCAUUAUGAACCAGGUGGGCGGCAUCCAUAUGGAACCAAUGAAAUCUUUGCACAAGAGGCUGAUAGCAACCCAUGGUGGAAGUCAAAUUUUUUUCUUUCUCAGCCAGUUCUUUUUGGAACUUGGGAUGGAGUAUUCACUUCGUGCCUUAUAAAUAUUUUUGGAGUUAUUGUUUUCCUUCGCUCUGGAUGGAUUGUUGCUCAAGCAGGGAUUAUCAAUGCUGUUGUGAUAGUACUUGCUACCGUUUCAGUGGUUCUAGUCUCCGUCCUGUCUGCAGUUGGCAUUUGUGAAAGGUGUCGCAUGGAAAGUGGUGGCGUUUAUUUUCUUGUGUCCCACGUUCUGGGCUCAAAGUUUGGAGGUUCUCUUGGAUUGCUGUAUGUUUUUGGACAGGCUGUUGGCUGUGCAUUGUAUGUGCUGGGCUUCGGUGAGUCUAUGGCACACCUUGUCAAUCUGGAUUCAAAGUGGGCAGAAAGGGGCUUUGCCAGUGCUGCUGUCAUUCUUCUGGGCGUGAUCAAUGUGGCAGGAGUGAAGUGGGUCAUCAAGUUGCAGUUUGUGCUCUUGCUGGUUCUUUUGCUGGCAGGACUUGACUUUGCUGUUGGCAGCUUUGUUCAUACAGACACAGCUAGUGGUUUUGAUGGUUGGUUGUCAGGAAACAUUUGGAAUAAUACCUUUGCUGAUUUUCAAGAUGGACAGAGUUGGUUCACUGUUUUUGGAGUUUUUUUUCCUACCGUCACUGGUGUUAUGGCUGGCAUUAAUAUGAGUGGUGAUCUUCGAAAUCCAUCUCUUAACAUUCCGAAUGGAACAUUGGCUGCUAUGGGGACGGCGACAUUUUUGUACCUGAUAUUUGUACUUUUCCUUGGAGCAACGUGUCAACGUGCAUUUUUGCUGAACAAUUACAUGAUUGCAGCCAAAGUAUCAGCUGUUCAAGUUUUGUUGCUGUGUGGCCUGUAUGUUUCGUCCAUGUCAAGUUGCCUGGCGGCCAUGUACGGUACACCACGAGUUCUUCAGUCUGUUGCCAAUGAAAAUGUGAUUCCUAUUAUCCAAGUACUUGGAAGAGGGCGUGGUCCAAACAAAGUUCCUCUCUACUCAAUGGCUGUAGUUGCUGUCAUUACAGUGACUUUCAUACUUGUUGGACAGAUCAACACCUUGGCUCCAAUUGUUACUAUGCCAUUUCUUUUAACCUAUGCUUCAAUAGAUUAUUCUUAUUUUGCUUUGGCUCAAACAUUUGAUAUUCAGCACAAAAGGGAAGAAAGAUUCAGAAUACAGUCCUAUCGAAGUUCCAGUGAUCUGAGGCAGCAAGCAGUUGGAUAUGGGACGACUGAACAUGUUGCCUCUGAAGCUGUAGACAGAUUUAAUAAUGAUCUAGACUAUCUCUUUCCAGAGAGAACUCAUCACAGGAGAACUAAUGGUUCUUUAGGUCCUGGAAUGUCAAACACACCAUCCUUCGACGAACACCUGUCAACCAGGAAUGAAAAUGAACACACAGAAUCUGAUGAAAGCAAAAACAGGCAUAUUCAUUCCAAGACUAACAAUUGGUAUUCUGUACUUUGUAACAGAUGGUUUUCUCUAGUUGGGGCAGUGGUCAAACUCCUUAUUAUGUUUCUGGUACAUUGGGGAUAUGCACUGGCAAAUAUUGCUGUAGUGCUUUUGGUUUUCUUCUACGUAGGACAUGCCAACCCUGCUGUGAAACCUGGCCUGGCUACAGAGUUCAAGUUUCUACACUGGCUGAAAAUGUGCUUUUUGAAGCUAGUUAGGAAACGAAGUCAAGAAUAUGAACAAAUUGUUUUGACACCUAGCUGUCCAGAAGUUGUUGUAAAUGCAUCUCAGAUAAAUGAAGAAAAUGAAGAUUUUGCAUCUCGUAAAAGAUACCACCAUUCCUCAAAUAUACAAGGAUAUGUGGCAGUUGAGGAUGAUGAAUAAAUUGCUGCUGUGUUACUGUACAUUAUUUUUGCUAUUGGUAUAGUGAUUUAAAGAAAAAUAAACUAACACUUAUUUUUAUAUAAAAUUUUGUGACUUGCAAUAGAUACAAGAAAACAUUUUUAUGUGGUUUAAAGAGAGUUAAUUUUAAGGGUUGGUCAGAAACUGAUUUCCACUCCCUCAAUGCCAAACAUUCCUUGUCCUAACCAAUAUUCACCCCUUUUUGCUGAUUAUCAGAAAUAGCCUACAAUUUAAAUAAAUGUCCUUUAGUAAAAAUAAGCAUUAUUUCCUUUAUAUAUAUAUAUAUAUAUAUAUAUAUAUAUAUAUUAAUAAGUGUACUAAAUGGUUUCACUUCAAUCAUUAAUAUAAAUAUGCUCAUCACUGACUCACUGACUGACUCUUUUUUCAUGCGCUUACAGUGUAACAUUUUCAUUGCUCUUUGUUAACGUGUUCCUUUUAAGCAUUGCUGCUGAGUCCAUGGUGCAAAGAUAAUAUGCAUUGGGGCAUAGCAUCUUAUUUUGUAAAGGCCUAUAGUUUCAGCAUUUUUCAGUGAUAAAGUUGCAUGCCGUGGCUUAGUUUGCCACGUUUUGGCUGCGUAUAUCUGUUUAAUAUAAUUCAAGUUGUUGGCCUCCACUUGUAAAUAUGUAUUUACCAACCACUCUUGUUCAUUUUUCCAGCGCUGAUGAUAGGAUUAAAUUUAUCGCGAAUAGAUGUUAAGGCACAUUUGAAUUGUAGCAUGCUAAUGUUGCAAACUCUGUUCAGUUGAACACCUUCAUACAAAUUGCACUGCCAAUAUGGUUGCUAUCCUGGUGUAUAUUGAAUGGAAUCUACAGCAAGGAACAUUAGUGAAUGACCUGAGACAAUUAAUAUGCAAUGUAGUUUUUUAAGAGGCUCUUCAUUAAAAAUAAUUUUUUUGUCAAAUUGUUUUUGUCGUUUCAUAUAUAUAUAUAUAUAUAUAUAUAUAUAUAUAUAUAUAUAUAUAAAGAAAUCAGAAAUAAUUUUCAUUUGCACAAUAUUAAAAGAAAUAGAAUUUUUGAUAAAUAAUGUGUGUAUAUUAAAUUAACAUGUUUGUUAAAUUCGUCAUUUUUCAGUUGGCACCUUAGGCACCUUACAACUAGUAAUAAAUAAAAAAAUUCUUUAUAAAUAUGGUUCAUUGCUGCUCUUUUCAGCUAUGCAUGUUAAUGUUUAUGCUCUCUAAAUUUUUUUUCCUAAGAUUACACAAAAACACAAUUUUUGAUGUGAUCUGGCAGCAAUGAUAAUCUCUGGUUUCUCACAUUCAUUUGUUAAACUAAAAGAAAUUUGCUCAUAAUUUCCUGUUUUUAGUUGUGCACACACACUAUCCAAAUUGUGUGUAUUAUUUUUAAAAUUAUGAAUUUUUUGCAAUUUUAAAAUAUUUAUUAAAAAAUAUUGAAAAAUAUUUUAUACUUAUACAUGUACUCAUAUUUUGAGACCAAGCUUUAAUAUCAAUUUAUAUUCAGUAGUAAUAGUUGGUAUCAGAGCAAUCCUAUUGGUCUGUGUUGUGUAUCUGGCAAAAAAAAAUGUUGAACCUGUUUAGCAUGAUGUCUAAAGCAACCAAGCAUUUUUUUCCGCCAAAUUGUUUUAGUGGAGGAUUAUAUUAGAUUUUUCACUGCCAUGUGUUAAAGCUCCUUACAGUAUUAUUUUCAUUAUGUUCAAAACAAAUGUUUUUGAUUAUGCAUUCAUUAAUUACCUUCUAGAUAUUUUUUUUUUAAUUUCUGUUUAUCUUGGCAUUUUACUCUCUUAUACUCUUUUAAUGUUCUUGUCUAUUGUUUAUAUUUUUUUUCUGUCUAAACUUACUUUUAAAAAAAUGCUGCUUGAAUUUUCUCUCUUGUCUAGACAAUAGAUUUUUAAAAUAUUUUAUUUUUAAACAUUUCAUGUUGGCUCAGCUAUUUCAAUUUGGUUUCAAUGUAAAUAUUUUUGAAUGGAAUUGAUUCUUGGCUUCAUGUUUUUUCCUGCAAUUUUGGUUUGUGUUUGUUAAUUUUUGCCAGUGGUUGCUAUUUUUGUGCAUGUUAUUAUUAUACAUUUUAUACAUAAACAUUAACAGUUGAUUUUUAAAUAUUUAAAUACCUUUUAAAAUGUAUUUGUAUAGGGAUGGUUUUUUUAUACUGUGGAUAAGUAUAAAAUACAAAUCUGAACUUCAGUUAAUUUUUACAAGUAACUGUAGACAAAUUUUGCAAAGUAUCACCACCUAUGUUAUAUUUAAACUUCACAGAUCCAUAUAUGUGUGCUGUGGUUUAUCUUAAACUGGUUUACAUUUUUAAACAAUCCCAGAUGCCUACUUGUUUUGUUGGUGUUGAAACACAAAUGUUUUUCAUUUGAAACCAUGUAUACCAGAUGUUAGGAAACUGCAGGGCAUAAAUUUGAUUGGUGGGAGAAAAUGCCAAAACUAACAAAUUUUGUUAAGGAAUGUAUGCCCAGAAAUGAAACCUUGCAAAGUAACAGGCAUGAAUAGUAGUGAAAAAAUUGACUAAGAGGGCAUGCUUUCGCAGCAUCGCGAUGCUCAAAUGCUCCACGGGAAGCAGGCGACGAGCUGGCUCAGAUGUUUAGAGUUUUUUGAAAUGCACUAGCAACCAGUACACCAGCCCCUCAAACUAACGCUCUAAUUCGUUCCAGGAAAAUAGAACGCUAAUCAAAUACGUUUUUGCCAUAAGAGUGCAUGUUGUUCAUAAUAAUUGGUUCUCCAGCCACUGAAAUCCGUUUGUUUACUAUUCCUUAUAUGACAUUUAUUUCGUUUAAAUGUAUGUAUUUACAUACUGUUAACACAUCUAAAUACAAUUUAAGAAAAAUAUAAAUGUAUAAAUUGCAUUUAAAGUUCAAAUAACCUAAAAUUAUACUAUAUUUAAAUGACAGGCGGCAUAAUUGAACUGUACAUAGCCUACUAACCUCAUAUUUCCUUACGAAGCACGUGUAUAUGUCACAUUUUUUAGUUAAAAAUAAUAAUAUUUUUAACAUAUAAGCUCUGUUUGAAUGUUUAAGAAUAGAGAAGAAUAAAUUUUACAUUUUAUAUUAACAAAAUGCUAUCUUAAAACAAUAGCGUACAUAAGGGUAUAAAACGAAAUUCGCAACUGUUUUUAUAGCAUGCAUGUCUGCCAACUUCAACACUAAACAACACACAAAAGUUUUAUUAUUGUUUGUGUGAAGGUCCUACAUCGUCAUCAUCACAGUAUACUUUCGGUUUUUUCUUAAAAAAAUGAGUCAAUUGAACAUUGUUUUGCAGCCCUUUUGCCUUCCCAGUAUAAAACUUUGUAGCAAUUUAAGGAACUGUCCAUGCUUCGAAUCACAUUUGACCUUCUCUCGGUGUUUGGGUCGUUUUGCCGCAAUAUUUCAAAUCCCUUCUCAAAAAUUUGGAGUGCCUCAUUAAUAAUUUUGGGCGUUAAUGUAGGCAUAAGCUGAGUUUCAUCAUCACUUGCCUCUUCUUUGUACGCAUUUUCUUGCUGCUCUGCGAAAGCGAUUAAGUCAUCAUUUGAAAGACCAUCAGUAUCAUUUAAUAUUAUUUCUUCGACAUCGUUAAAGUCCAUGUUAAGUCCCACUUUGUUUCCUAGGCUAACAAGUUCACUGAUUUCCUUAGUUUCGUCAAAUCCAUGGAAAUCCUGUACACAUUCUUCCCAAAUCUUUCUCCAAGCACAUCCAGUGUAAUCAAUUGCAUCUUUGAUAUUAAAUGUUCUCCAGAAAUCCCUCAGACUUGGUGCAUUUUCCCCAUUGGUUAUCCUUACAACUUCUGCUAGCAUUUUUCUCAUGUAGUACCUCUUGAAUGUAGAAAUUACCCCCUGAUCCAUGGGCUGGAUAAGUGACGUGUUUGGUGGCAUGAAAACUACUUCCACAAAACCAAGCAGUUUUUCUAGUGUUUUCUUAGAUGGGUGACCUGGCGCCUUAUCCAUGAGGAGUAAAACUUUCUUUGCAAUAUUUUUUCCAUCAAGAUAUUUCUCUACAGCGGGACCAAAGUGGUUCUCAUACCAAUCAAGAAAAAGAGCUUGUGUUACCCAUGCUUUUUUGUUGGCCUUCCAUGUGACGGGAAGAUGGGAUUUAUUCACAUUCUUUAACGUCCUUGGAUGUUCUGAAUGGUAAACUAAAAGAGGCUUGAACUUAAAGUCUGCUGCCGCAUUUCCACCCAACAACAAUGUCAACCGAUCCUUAGCUUCACACCUGGGGCAGACUUUUCUUCUUUGGAAAUAAAAGUUCUCUUCGGAAGCCGUUUCCAGAAAAGACCAGUUUCAUCAAUAUUAAACACUUGAUGGUCUGAGUAGUUUCCCUUUUCAAUUAUCUUUUGUAGUUCUGUCUCAAAUUGUUGUGCACCUACAGCAUCUGCACUCGCAGCCUCGCCCUUCAUGGAUAUGCUGUGAAGAUUUGAACAAUUUCUGAAAUUAUUAAACCAUCCAUUACUGGCCUGGAAUUUCUGUGCAUUGUAUUCCUCAGGGAACGAUUCCUUUAGGUCUUCAUAUAAACUACGUGCCUUUUCUUUGAUAAUAUCAGCACUUAGUGGUAUCCUAUGCUGUGCAUUGUCAUCAGUAAAAAUAGUUAGCAAUUUCUCCAUUUCUACCAUUAUGCUCGGGCGCGCCUUUGAUAUUUGUGUUGCUUGGGACGGUGCACAUAAUGCCGCGGCCUCUAGAAUUUUUUUCCUUGUUUUUUAAUAUUGUCCUCACUGUUGAACCGGGAAGUCCCAAGGCAUUAGCCACAUCAGUCUUUCGCUCACCAGAAUCAAUACUUUUCAGCACAUUUAAUUUAAACUCUAAACUAAAACGUUUCCGCUCAGUUUUCUCGACACUCGAAACGAACCCGCACUUUCACUCGCCAUAUUUUCAAAACUACUAAUUUACGUAACACAGGAUAAAGUAUGUAGUACUUAUUAGGUUUAGUAAUUAGUUUAUAUUGAAAUUGAUUCUAAAACAAGAGUAACUUAGUAUACGCACGACUAGGAGUCAGCGCAGCUUGUCAUGCAAGAUGUGAACUAGCCUCGAAAGCUUCCGGCAUUUCCCACUAGAGCUGCUACUGAGUUGCAAGACGGCGAAGUAUGUAUAAACAUUAGCUAAACACACACGUAGGCAUCGGCAAAUGUAUUUACGAAAUAUUAUUUACUGUGCAAUUUUAAUUAGGCUUUAAAAAUAUGCGAUGGAAGCGAAUAACUAUUACAUAAAAAGGUAAUAUCUUUUUUUGAUUCGUCAUAAUGUUUCUCUUACACAAGUGCCAUCUUAUCUUCAAUUUGUUGCAUUUUGUUUGUUACAUUGUGCACUUAUGAAAAUAAAAUAAAUUAUGUGGACGAGAAAGAACGCUACUUCGAAUAUAUGACCGUGCUACUUCAAAUCAUGCCCUAAUUAAUUGGCGUCGUUACUUCAAAACAGCGCUAAUAGAACAGUGUUACUUCGAGGGGCUGGUGUAUUCUGGUGUACAGCACAGUGGAUGGUUGGUUGUGAUACAUUUACAUGUUUGACUUAGGCGAUAAGCACAGUGUUGACUGUUAGUGAGUUUUGAUUAAAUAUUUUAUAAACAGCAACGGCAUGACAGAUUUACAUUUGCAGAGAUGGAGGAUAUGUUAAUGGUGUACGGGGAGGCGAGAUGAGUUGCAGCAGGAGCAGUGUCCCUUAACCAAGGGCCAGGGCCGCUGAGAGAAUUUGUGGGCCCCUGGGCAGCUGGGGUAGUAGGCCCCCUUCCUUUUUUUUUUUGCAUACCACUUCUACGUACUAUGUAUACCAUAAAUAUAUAUGGUAUCGUACAAUUGCAUCCUUUAUUUGAUCAUACAUAACAAUUUCCUAGUUACGCAAAAAAAAAAAGAGCAUUUGCAUGUAUUAUCUCAGUGCACUUUUACAUUGUUAUUCCCAUCAAAAUACAAAUAAUAAUUAAUUUUGAUGUAUAUAUUUCUAAAAAAAAAAAAAAAAAAAAAAAUCUUAAAUGGUAAUCAGAAAUUGCAUUAUUAUAUGAGUGUUUAAAAUACAUAAGUAUAAUAAUUUAUUCUGAAUGUAAAUAUUAUUAAAAUAAUGUAAAGUAAUAAUCAAUUUUAUUACUUCGAAAACAUCAAACACACAAUAAUUUUACAGUAUAUUGACAAUCAUAAAUUUGAUUUUCUAAUCAAUGUGAUCACCAAUGCAACGUUUGUAACUACUGGUGGAGAAAAAUACUACUACGACCAAACAUUUAUUCUGGGAAAAGGAGGGGGGCGAAAUGCUACUCUCUCCCGCCUUCUUUCCCCCCCCCCCCCCCUGCAUAACAGCACGGUGGCGACUCGCCCGUGCUGCCCUCCUGUUCCGACGUCCCUGUAACGUUCCCAUUUCUGCUACUACGCAAGUAUUUUGGUGUGAACUGAAUGUUACAAGUACCUACUGCUCGGUUAGGUUAUUGGUUAUCGACUGUAGUUUUAGGAACAUAUAUAUAUAUAACAAGAUGUUUUAAUAGCAGGGGGGAAAUGUUUUUCCAGCCAUUUAUUUUCCACUUCCCAGCCGGGCGCCCGGGCCCCUGGGCAUUUGCCAUUUGCCCCUUUUGCCCCCCCCCCCCCCCCUCUCGGCGGCCCUGCCAAGGGCACUCUCAUAACAGGCAUGUACUGAAUAGGGGGAUACCAAUAAUAUAGAUGCAGCUCCGUUAGUGAAACAUUGGAUAUAAUUUCAGUUCACUUUAAAAAUUUUCUAUCAGUUUUCCUCAUGCUGUUGAAUAGAGAUUACUUCACUUGGAUGAAAAUACAUGGAAUACAUCCUCUUUAAUGUAAAAUGUUAUGUGGGGGAAGUCACAAUUUGUGAGAAAAGAAUUAAAAGAAGCUAAAUUACACAUAUAAUAACUUCAUGUAUUUCAUACUUAUAUUCUGGAAUCCCUUCACAUAAAUACUAUGAUAAAAGUUUUAAAAGCUCAGGUAUGUAUCACUGCAAAUAAAACUAAGGGAGCGAGAGCCAUUUUUAAUUUGGGUUGUGUCACAAAUUGAGCUUUAGCUUGGUUAAAACACUAUUCCAAGUUGAUGAAUCAGAUAAAAUUUUUAGGUUUUUCCAUCUUACAAUUAUUUUUAUGUUAAGUUUAAUGAAAGAUAGUUUUAUUGCCACAGGAAAUGUAUGGCACACUCCGAUGCUGAAGACUGUUUUGAUAUUUUGGCAAGUUUCUCGACAUAAACAACAGUUGUUUAUCUUUGACCAAGUAAAUACAUUAACAGUUGUUUAUCCUUCGCUAAGAAAAUAAAUAACCAGUUAUUUAUUCUUCACCAAGUGAACCACGCGAGAUAAGAUACAUAGUGGGCAGUUACGUGCAGCAGUAAACGUUAACAUACAUGCUGAUAAACAGGUGUCCAAUCUUGCAAUGUCAUGCACCUUAAGAAUUUACAUUAAAACAAUUUUACAUAAACUGCAUGGUGUUUUGUAACUGGGUAGGCAGCUUUAUCGAACACUGGCUGUGUUUAGGUUUGUGUAAGAAGCCAAAAAUCAUAAAUUUCAGGUUGCAGAAAAGAAUUAAAUGCCAAUGAAGUACUAAAAUGAUGUAAAAAAAAUAACAUGUACUUUGAAAGAGAGAGGACACAAAAAAAAACCAGACAAAAACAACUAAAAUGUUUCAAAUAUUUUGAUCACAUGGCUUUCAUCAGGAGUGAAGACACCAUGUACACACAA